CAGAACCAGGAAACAGGAAGUGUAGUGGAGGUCGUGUCUUUAUUCAUGUAGUAAAAUGGCUGAACCUAGAUAUUUUCAGGAUGAGUUUUCGUGUCCAGUGUGUCUGGACCUCUUGAAGGAUCCAGUGACCAUCCAGUGUGGACACAGUUACUGUAGGAUCUGUAUUACAGACUGCUGGGAUCAGGAGGAUCAGAUGAGAGUCUACAGCUGUCCUCAGUGCAGACAGACCUUCAGUCCAAGACCUGCUUUAUCUAGAAACACCAUGCUGGCUGAAGUGGUGGAGAAACUGAAGAAGAGGAAACGUCCUGAUGACUGUGAUGCUGGAGAUGGAGAUGUGCAGUGUGACGUCUGUACUGGAAAAAAAUACAAAGCUGCCAAGUCCUGUCUGAUGUGUCUGAACUCUUACUGUCAGAAUCACCUCGAAGAACAUGAGAGUUGGUUUAGAGGAAAGAGACACAAAUUGACAGAAGCCACUGGACGACUGCAGGAGAUGAUCUGCCAGAAACACGAGAAGCUCCUUGAAGUUUUCUGUCGCACUGACCAGAAAUAUAUAUGUAUGCUGUGUACGAUUAUUGAACAUAAAGACCAUGAAGUUGUAUCAGCUGCAGAAAUGACGACAGAGAAACAGAAGCAGCUGAAGGAGACACAGAAGACGCUCCAGCAGAGAAUCCAGCAGAGAGAGAAAGAUCUCCAGCAGCUGAGAGAGACUGUGGAGUCUCAUAAGCGCUCUGCACAGACAGCAGUGGAGGACAGUGAGAGCAUCUUUACUGAGCUCAUCUGCCCCAUUAAGAGAAGCCGCUCUGAGCUGAUACGACUGAUCAGAGAUCAGGAAAAGACUGCAGUGAGUCCAGCUGAAGGACGACUGGAGCGACUGGAGCAGGAGAUCAAUGAUCUGAGGAGGAGAGACGCUGAGCUGGAGCAGCUUUCACACACACAGAAUCACAUCCAGUUCCUGCAGAGUUUCCAGUCUCUCUCAGCAUCUCCUGAAUAUACAGAUGAAAAUAAGGAUCCCUUCCCUCCUCUCGUCUCCUUUGAUGGUCUGAGAGAAUCUGUCCAUCAGUUGAGAGACAAAUUGGAAGAUUUCUGUAAAGUGGAGCUGAAGAAGAUCUUAGACAGAGUCACAAUCAACAACAUUGAUCCAAGAACCAGGAACGACUUCCUACAAUAUUCCCAUCAGCUCACUCUGGAUCUGAACACAAUGAAUAAACACCUCCGUCUGUCUGAGGGUAACAGAGUGAUUACUGGUACUAAAACAGUCCAGUCAUAUCCUGACCAUCCAGACAGAUUUGAUCAUUAUCGUCAGGUGUUGUGUAGAGAGAGUGUGUGUGGACCCUGUUACUGGGAGCUGGAGUGGAGGGGAGAUAUUGGUGUGCGUAUAUCAGUGUCAUAUAAGAGCAUCAGCAGGAAGGGAGGGGGUGAUGAGUGUUUGUUUGGAUUUAAUGAUCAGUCCUGGAGUUUGAUCUGCUCUUCCUCUGGUUACUCAUUCAGACAUAACAAAAUACAGACUGUUAUCCCUGUAGAGUCCAUCAGCAGUAGAAUAGGAGUGUUUGUGGAUCCCAUUGCAGGGACUCUGUCCUUCUAUAGUGUCUCUGACACAAUGAGCCUCAUCCACACAGUCCAGACCACAUUCACUCAGCCGCUCUAUCCUGGGUUUGGGUUUUAUAAAAGAGCAUCAGUGAAACUGAUGUCUUGCUAAGUGACCAUGUGUUUCUGUGCUUUUCACAACCUCUGUUUGUGUUGAUUUAGUUGAAAUGUAGUGUCACAUCAAUCCUUUGUAUUAUUUAGGUAUGCAUCGAUUCCAAUAAUGGUAUCAAGCCCAAUACUGAGCUCCUGUACUCGUACUUGUACUCGAUAAAAUGCCCUGAUACCAAACGCUGAUACCACACAACAUGUGAUAAGUGUUUUGCUUGCUUGAGUGUUUCUGCAUUAUAUCGAGUGGCUUUUGAAUAUAAAUCACAGCACGUUUCAGAUUAAAAAAAAAGAAAGAAAAGAAAAAAAACAUGCUUCUUCUAUUUGUGAAAAUAUCACAGGAGAUUUAUAACGAGUGGUUCCCUUCAUUAUUACAGCAAAGCGCGUACCCCUAUUUUUGCCAAAGGUGGCCCACAUUUGGUUGGCACUAUUUGUGCCAUUAUCCCUGUUUACCUCAUGGGACACUUCAGGGUCACAUUCAGAUUACACAUUGCCAUCAACACCACAUCUUUACCUACCGAGGCCCACAUGUGAUUUGAUACAUUUGGACUAUUUUUGCGUGUUACAUAUGGGCCUCUUCAGGCUUACAUCCAUUUUGUUCGGGCAGUAAGAAGGGCAGCAGUGCCAUAUCAUUGCCUUAUUCAUUGCCCAUUCACAUGUUAUCUGGGCAGGCCGAAUUAACAAAGAGAUCAAUUCACCUCUCACCUAAGGAAAGCCUUCUUCCAGCUAAUGGGAGUCACUGUGAGCUUGUCCUCUCGUUACCAUUAUCAGACAAAUGGCCAGAUUGAGUGGAAUAUCCAGGAGCUCAGAUGUUACCUCCGGGCAUACUGCCACCAUGAUCAGCACAGCUGGAACCACUUCCUCCCCUGGGCUGAGUAUGCCCAAAACUCCCUCCAACAGAGUACCACCGGUCUGAUUCCAAUUCAGUGCAUACUCCGCUACCAGCCCCACUCUUCCAGUGGACGGAAGAGCCCUUGGAGGUUCAAGCUGUGGACUACUGAUUCAGAACGAGCAAAAGAGUGUGGGACUAAGCUCACAUUCACCUCCAACAAGCAGUGUGGAAGCAUAAGACCUUUCGCACAUGCCCAGCACACCUCUACUCCCACAUACCAGCCUGGUGAGAAGGUAUAGCAGUCCACCCAUGAUCUGCGCCUCUGCCUGCCUUGUAAGAAGCUGAGUCCCUGCUACAUUGGUCAGUUCCACAUACAGAUUCAGAUUAACAAGGUUGCCUUCCAAAUCCAACUCCAACCAAGGUACUGCAUUCACCCUACCUUCCAUGAGUCCCUCCUUAAACCCUUCUCUCUCUCUGCACCAGGACCACCCGAGCUGCAACAACCUCCUCUUCCAGCAAUCCUUGACUUCAAGGCUCUCACAGCCUGGAGAAAAAGCUGUUGAUCAGUCUGGUGGAGCAGGCUCUGAUGCUCCGGUACCAACUUGCUGAUGGUAGGAGCUGGAAGAGACUGUGGGAGG